AUCUACGUAUUGAACUAUUAUAAAAUUCUGGUCAAAGUUGCUCAACUUAAUUAAUUGAGGAUGGCAUUUGUGGAGUUGUUUGUGGUGGCAUUAGUGCCUGUUCUUAAAACACUCAUAAUUACUGCUGUUGGUUUAUUCCUUGCUCUUGAACGUAUCAAUCUUCUUGGCUCCACUGCAAGACACCAUUUGAACAAUCUUGUGUUUUAUAUAUUUACUCCAGCGUUGGUGGCAAGCAGCUUGGCUGAAACAGUAACAUCGAGCAACAUUGUUUCAUUAUGGUUCAUGCCAGUAAACAUCCUUCUCACCUUUAUUAUCGGUUCAGUACUUGGAUGGAUACUUGUGAAAAUCACAAAAACUCCCAUACAUCUCCAUGGCCUAGUUAUUAGUUGUUGUUCUGCAGGGAAUUUGGGUAACUUGCCUCUCAUCAUAAUUCCAGCAGUAUGUGAGGAGAAGAAUAAUCCUUUUGGGGAUUCAAUUACAUGCUCCACUAAUGGGAAGGCCUAUGCAUCACUAUCUAUGGCGGUAGGAGCAGUGUAUAUUUGGACAUAUAUCUAUAACAUGAUUCGAGCAUCUGGAAGUCAACAUAAUAAUACCUCAACACAAGUCCCAAAAUUACCUCCAAUGGAUAUGGACCAUGAAUCUCAACUUGCACUGCCUCUCAUUGCAUAUCAAACCACACAUGAUCAUCAUCAGGGACAUGUUGUGAAAAAGAUGAAACAACAUAUCAAAAUAUGGACACAAAGAAUCAAGUUCAAAAUGUUAUUUGCACCCUCAACAAUAGCUACGAUUGUUGGGAUCUUAAUUGGCGUAUCAUCUUUGCUAAGAAAGUUGAUCAUUGGAAAUGAGGCUCCAUUGCAUGUCAUCGAUAGCUCUGCAUCUAUGCUUGGAGAAGCUGCAAUACCAGCAAUGACAUUGAUAGUUGGAGCAAAUCUUCUUAAAGGGCUGAAAAAGUCAGAAGUAGGUGUGUGGAUUGUGAUAGGCAUUCAAGUAAUACGUUAUGUAGCAUUGCCACUAUCAGGAAUUUGUGUUGUCAAAGUUGCACGUCAUUAUGGGUUGGUUGGAUCAGAUUCAUUAUAUCAGUUUGUACUUCUCUUGCAAUAUGCACUUCCCUCUGCCAUGACCAUAGGUACAAUUACACAGUUGUUUGAAGUUGGUGAAAGUGAAUGUUCAGUGAUUAUGCUAUGGAAUUAUGCUCUGGCAUCAGUUGCACUUACUCUAUGGACGACUUACUACAUGUGGAUUUUAUCUUAAGUUAUUUG